AUGAAUAUUAAUAAAAAAAAAUUCAAUUGUCUUGAUGUUUUAUUUCAUCAAAAUCUUAUUGCAUCUAAAACUUUUUUUCAAAAAUUAUUCGAUAAUAAUAUUUGUACAUGUCAACAAUAUAAUCGUAAUAGCAAUGCAUUUCAUAAUGAUAAUGAAGAACCACAGGAACAACAAGAACAACAAUUAUAUCCUCAUAUGAGAAAAUUAUAUAAUCAUGAUACCGAUUUACUUGAAUAUGUAUAUAUUAUUAUGUCAACAAUUAAACCAACUGAAUCACUUAAUAAACAACAAGAUGAAACUUUAGGACAACAACAGCAGCAACAACAACCACAACACCGACGUCGACAAACACGUAUUUCAAAACAACGUGCGAAAGUUUUAAUUACAGAAUAUUGUCGAGAUAAAUAG